CAGCGAGCCCCUCCCCGCCUCUGGCUCCCCUCAACACCUCCCCCUUGCCUGGCUCAGCAGGAGCCCCUCUGAGCACACCCAACUUUUCUUGUGACCAGGGUAAAUAUUACCUGACACUGUUAAUAUUUAAUGCCCCCCACCUCUGCCCUGGCCACCCCACGGCAGACACCAUCCCUGAAGUAGAGGUUGUAGGAAGACUGUGCAGCAGCCCUGAUGGCCGGGGAAAUGACAGGGUUUUCGGCUGAUGAUGGUGGCAGCGGCAAGGGGGCAGAGGAUCCAUUCCACUAUGACUACGAGACUGUCCGCAAAGGGGGGCUGAUCUUCGCGGGCUUGGCCUUCGUCGUGGGGCUCCUCAUCCUCCUCAGCAAAAGAUUCCGCUGUGGGGGCAGUAAGAGGCACAGGCAGGUCAACGAAGAUGAGCUGUGACAGUGAAGCCGCCAGUGCCCACCGGUGCACGGGUACCACGGAUGCCUGUCUUCCCCAGCUGUACCCCACUGUUCCAUAACAGUCAGCACUCAGGCUGAAGGAUGUGCCAGGCUCACUAUGACCCCUUCAUGGUCAUCCACUCAUGCCUCUUGAUCCUUAAUUUCCUUCCCUCCCCAACUCCUCUAACAACCCCACUUCCUGUUCCAAAUUGGGGUACAUGUGCAGCCUCAUCUCACUGGUUUCCAAUGAAUCAUUCUAGCAAGUA